GAGUUUUUGUAAUUUUAUGCCCUCCUUUGUUUUUCAUUAGAUUUUUUGACCGUUGCUUUCCACAACGUCUCUCUCUCUCUGUCUCUCUCUCUCUCUCUCUCUCCUUCUCCUCCCUCAUUCUCCCUCCCUUCACUCUUCUCUGUUAUUCCUUCUCCAACACUCCUCCAGGCUUGGCACACUCCAUAUGACUUUGGUGACAAAUAUUAAGAAUUUGUGUUUUGAAAAAUUCAAGGAGGAGGAGGUAAAAGGAAAGUGAAAAUGGGAUGUUCUACAUCAAAGCUAGAUGAUGAGGAGGUAGUUCAGUUAUGUAAAGAUAGAAAGCGUUUCAUUAAGCAAGCAGUAGAGCAGAGAACACGAUUUGCAUCAUGGCAUAUAGCCUAUAUUCAGUCCAUGAAAAGAGUUUCAGCGGCUCUUCGAGAUUAUGUCCAGGGGGAUGAGCCCCGGGAGUUCGUAUUAGAUCCAUCAUUCAUCACUCCACCACUCAAGAAAGGAAGUUCUCGGUUUAUCUCUAUUUCACCAAUUCAAUCUGGACCCAACUCCACAUUGAAAGUGAAUUACUUGAGGCCAGGUGGUACUCCAGCAGUUUCGGUUGAGGAGAGGCCUCAAUCACCAGAAACUUUCCGAGUUGAGACCUACUCUCCAAUACACCAGUUUGGCAUUGAUGGGUUCUUUGCUAUGCAAUCUUCACCCAUGAAUCCUUCAUACUUCUCUUAUUCUCCCAAUGAUAGGCCUAACUUACCUCCCCCUUCACCUCAAACAUCACAGUGGGACUUUUUUUGGAAUCCUUUUUCAUCAUUAGACUACUAUGGAUAUCCAACAAGAAGCGGCCUCGAUCAGGCAGUUAUUGAUGAUGAGAUGAGAGGAUUAAGACAGGUUAGAGAGGAAGAAGGGAUUCCUGAUUUAGAAGAAGAUGAAACUGAAAAGGAAGAAACUGAGAUUGUGAAAAAUGUGGUGGUAGACAGGACGAAGGUCGAUUCCAAUUGCUGUAAAGAAGAAGUUCUUGUUGAAGAUGUUGAUGAGGAUGAGGAGGAUACAGAUAGUAUAAUUGAAAAUGAGCAUGAUGUAAAAGAUUUACAAUCCCAAGGAGGGAAACCAAGCAUAGAAAUAUCACGAGCUCAAACGAGAGGGCAAGUUGAAGUCAGUAGCAAGGAAAUGGCAGUUGGUAAUGAUGAAGCCACCAAAGAGACACCAGGUUUUACUGUUUUUGUAAACCGGCGGCCAACAAGCAUGGCAGAAGUUAUUAAUGAUCUUGAAGCUCAAUUCAUGAAGGUUUGCAACGCUGCCAAUGAAGUCUCGGCAUUAUUGGAGGCUAGCAAGGUUCAGUACACAACACCAUCAAAUGAACUUACAGCCACAAAAAUGCUGAAUCCUGUAGCUUUAUUACGCUCAGCUUCUUCAUCUCGCUCAACAUCAUCCAGAUUCCUAAUCAAAUCUUCUUCUAGUUCAAAAGAGGAUGGUUAUGAAAGUGGCACUGACUUCUCUGAUGAAUGCUGCAUGCUUAAUGGUAGCCACCAAUCGACAUUAGACAGAUUAUAUGUCUGGGAGAAGAAACUCUAUGAGGAAGUCAGGUCAGGAGAAAAGGUUCGAAUCGCAUAUGAGAAGAAAUUUAAGCAACUAAGAAACCAAGAUGGGAAAGGAGAUGACCCCUAUACGUUGGAUAAAACAAGGGUGGCACUUAGAGAUCUGGAUACACAGAUAAAGGUUUCACUACAGACAGUUGAAACUAUUUCCAAGAGAAUUGAAGCCUUAAGGGAUGAAGAAUUGCAGCCUCAACUUGUGGAAUUGUUACAAGGGUUUUCUAGGAUGUGGAAAGUGAUGGCAGAGUGUCACCAGACACAAAAGCGGACCUUAGAUGAAGCCAAGCUUUUGCUAGCAGGAACAACAUCUUCCAAAUUGCAAGCAAGAAGGCGUUCUUCCAUCUCAGUUUCUGACCCUCAAAGGCUAGCCAGAUCAGCUGCAAAUCUUGAAUCUGAACUUAGAAAUUGGAGGGCCUGUUUUGGGUCAUGGAUCACUUCUCAGCGAUCCUACAUGCAUGCACUAACUGGUUGGCUCCUUCGCUGCUUGAGGUUCGAACCUGAUACAUCUAAGUUACCGUUUUCUCCCCGUCGGUCCAGUGGUACCCUUCCAGUAUUCGGACUUUGCGUCCAAUGGUCAAGAUUUCUUGAUGCUCUUCAUGAGAUGCCAGUGCUUGAUGGGCUAGAUUUCUGCGCUGCUGGCAUGGGGUCUCUAUAUGCACAGCAGCUUAAGGAUGAUAGUCACAAUGUUCCAAUUGGGUCUAAGAGGUUCUCAGAGAUAUCCCCAGGGAAACUGGACUUGGUAGAGAUACAUCAGGUAGAAGAAGAGGGCAUGACAGCAGAGAAGCUGGCUGAAGUUGCAAUAAGGGUACUUUGUGCCGGAAUGUCAGUAGCAAUGAGCUCACUGAGUGAGUUUUCUAUUGGUUCUGCUGAGGGUUAUGCUGCACUGGUUAACCAAUGGGAAAACGCCAAGCGGCCACGUAAUUCAGGUGGUACCGGUACAUAACCCAUGUCCUUACAUAAGGUAGUUUAAGUAAUCGUCAUCUGUAAUUAGUAAUUACAAACAUUGCUUACUAUGACAAGGUAGUGUAGACCGGAGAGUUACUUUUGCAGUUUUGCUUCAUUUGGAUGCAAAAGAUAGAAAUUCAAGGGAAAAGGGUUGGCGUUCUAUUGUAAAAUCUCAGCUAAAGUUGUAUUUUCCAUCUUGUUUUGGGAAACCAGAAGCAUAAGCAAAGGCAUAAUCCUCGGCUUCAUGCAGCUAG